UCCCGGGUCUCCAUUUUUAAAAAACUCGAGCCCGUACCUAAACCCCCAAAACCCUAGUCGAGCUCGAAGCGAGCGAGCGCGGAGGAGAGAGAGAGAGAGGCUCCACCCACGGCUAUGGCGGCGGUGGCUAGGGUUUUCCGCGGGUGCCGGUUCCUCAUGUCCCCGGCGGGCGCGGCAGCGGCGGGGGGCAAGAAGCCCGUCGCGGCGGCCGCGGGGGCGCAGGUGACCAAGGCCGAUGCCACGGCGGCGCAGGUGACCAAGGCCGAUGCCACGGCGGCGAAGGUGAACCGCGGGAUCAUGAAGCCGUUACCGGUCUCCGACGCGCUCCGCAAGUUCGCCGGCGGCGCGCCCGAGGUCUCCCGCCCCGGCGCCGUCAAGCUCAUCUGGGCCCACAUCAAGGCCCAAGGCCUCCAGAACCCAGCAAACAAAAAGGAGAUAAACUGUGAUGAGAAGCUCAAAAGCUUGUUUGGUGGGAGGGACAAGAUUGGGAUGAUGGAGAUCUCCAAGCUACUGAGCCCUCACUUCGUGAAGAACUAACUAAAGCAGUCAAUGGAGCCAGCAAAUAGUGUUUUGCGGCUAAGACUUGUGUUGGGUAGCCUCUAUUGUGAAUUUGUGAUCCAUGUUAAGUCCAGUUCCCACUAGGUAGUUAAGCCAAAGUCGGUGGUGGUUGUUCAGACUCUGUUCAGCAUUCGUGUUGUGUAAAAAGGAUUCCCAGUGUUUUCACUGCGUGUUGCUCCUGCGAUCCUGCGAGGGCUUUUGCAUGCACAUUGAUGCGGGAAAUGUAUGUUUAGUCUGCUAA